UCUAGUGGACCAACUAUGUACUGCGAAUCUGAGUUUGUAUUUCAUGACGUAUAUUUCAUGCGCCUGAAGUUUCAUAUUGUGCGCGCAAAAUAAGAAGAGCUGUCUGGAGUUGAAUGAAUAUUGAGCAUUUUGGGGCACAGCUACGAUGUUUAGCCCUCGUUCUACCCCUAGUUCAGGCCGAAGGCAGUCCUCAAGGGUCACCGGUAGAAAGAGUCUCGCCGGUACACCUACAGGGCUUCUCUUUUCCCCACGUAGGACGUCGUUAGCAGCGAGAUCAACUCCCACGCGUGUCCAGAGCUACUCAACUUCAGACGCACUCCACUUCGAUGUCCAGACGUUUGGCUCUUCGCUACCUGUCAAAGUCAUGGAGGCUUUGACAAUGGCUGAUGCCGAUGACCAGAUCUCUGUGAAGGUGGAUGAGAGUGGCUGGGCCUGGAUGGUGUGUGGAGAGAGACUGAUCAUCUGGAAGAUCUGCCAGACUGCUGUUGCAAAGUUGUCAGUAUGUAAGGGCCUCCAGCUGCCCACUAGUGAGUUUGCCUACUAUGCUGAUCUCGUCUCCAUAUCAUCUCCCAGCCCUCUGGAGACUGCCAGUGUUCAGUCCAUCUCUGUCAUGGCGGUGGCUCCAGAGGGAACAGCCCGGUUCUGGCCCAGUUUGGCCCACGAGGGGAAUUACACUGAGACUGUGGUCGACAUGGGCGAAAACCUCUGCAACUUUGUUGUGGCUGUUAGGGGGGGUAGUUUCAUCGUGUCAUCCUACAAGGGCCAGAUGAUGCGCCUCGGGACGGACCCCUCCGGGAAGCUGCUGCAGAGGGCGCUACAGCAGGGCCAGGGGGUGCUCUCCGGCAUCGGACGCCGCGUCUCCAGCCUGUUUGGCAUGCGCGCCCCGCUCACCAACAACAAUCUCCACAGUGUUCUGUGGGUGGGCGAGACGGGCUGCCUGUAUACUCUGACCUCCUGUGGGCUCAGUAAAUGGGAGGUGGAUGAGGUCACAGAGCACCAGGUCCUCAGCUGGGACUCCAGCCGCGCUCUGACGGAGAGUGUCGCCGACGCCAUCUGGGGGUCAGAGAGCAACUAUGAGGAAAUCAAGGAAGGAGUGAACGUUACCUACAUGGACAUGCAACUGAGCCAGGAUGGCCUGGUAGUGUUGGCGGCAGCCUGGCACCCCUCAGACUCCCCCUGCCUGGCCUACUUCUGCCUGGUCACCCUGCUGGACAACGGCAACAACAUUUCUGAUGAGCUCUCUGUGGAGGUCACCAAGUACAACCCCCCCUUCCAGAGUGAGGAUGCUCUCCAGGCCAUGAGGCUGAUGUUACCACGGGCCUCCAGCCCUGCUGCCUUCCUGUACAACGAGGAGCUGGUGUUUGCCUGCUCCACCGGUACCGGCAGAGGAGGUCUACCUGAGGAGAAGAUCCCCUUCAACACACCUGGUGACCGUCUGCGUGGUGGGGGCUGCUGUGCCAACCUGCCGGUGUUCUUCUCCCAGAACAGUGGUCUGGUGGCCGUGGUGGCCAGAGAGAGUGCCUCCAUGCUGCCUGAGACCAUGGAGGACUCCCUCUGCUUCUCCCUGGCUGGGGCCGGCCCUGAGGCAACUGCUAUAGAGACUCCGACUAGGAUGGAGCCUGUAGCGCAAGAGGACAAAACCAAACUCCUAAAAGCAGCGUUUCUGCAGUUCUGCCGGAAUGACCUGGUGGGGGCCCAGACCAUGACAGACGAGCUGUUCCCCCCGGAGGGGGACGGAGACGGGGAGGUGGGCGGGGAGCUGGACCUGGUGGUGACCCGGAUCAACCUGGACCUGGUGGAUGACUACCCAGCCUCAGACCCCCGCUGGGCCGAGUCUGUCCCUGACGAGAGUGCUGGCUUCCCCCUGACCUCCCUCAUCAUCCUCCACCAGCUAGAGGACAAGAUGAAGGCCCACGGCUGCUUCAUGGACUUCCUGCUACAGGUGGGUCUCCUGGACCGGCUGGGCCAGACCGCGGUGCGCUCGUCUCCCAUGGCGACGCGCCUGUUGCUGUGCGAGCACGCCGAGAAGCUACAGGCGGCCAUGACGCUGAAGAACCACCACGCCAAGCACGGCGAGCUGGUCAAUCGUGCCAUCCUCAUUGCCUUGAGGAAGAGCAACGCAACCGUGUCCACCAGCCUCACGGCCGCAGACGUCUUCUUCAGAGAGGUGUCUCAGAUCUCCUCAGUCUUUGAGUGUCUACUAGAAGAGGAGGAGAGGACUUUGAAGGAGAACCCUGUGGACUCUGUGAAGUGGGCUGAAGUGGUGCUCAGUGUCAACACUAUCAUCAAGGACAUGCUGCAGGCUGCUGGUCAGUACAGAGACACCAAGGCCUCACUGUACAGAGCCUCAGAGAGCACCCCUGCCGAGCCAGAAUACAUCCCAUGGACCGCCUCUAGCGGUCUGGGAGGGGUUCGCACCGUCAUCGCCCGCCAGCACGAGGUGAUCCUGCGUGACGUGUACCCUCACGCCGACUCUGAGCUGCGCAAUGGCCUGAACGAGCAGCUGGCAGCGCUGCUGGACGUGCUCCUGGGAGGCUACGUUGCCCAGCUGACCUCACUGAGACCGGGCCGCCCGGGCCAGCAGGACCGCUACAACACCCUGGAGAUGGAGUACACGCAGCGCCGCUCUGAACUGCUCGCACCACUGUUGGAACUGGGUCAGUACCAGUGGGUGGCGGCACUGGCAGAGAAGUACUGUGACUUUGACAUCCUGGUCCAGAUGUGUGAGCAGACUGACAACCAAAACAGACUGCAGCACUACAUGGCCAAGUUCGCCGACCAGAACUUUGCGGACUUCCUGUUCCGCUGGUACAUGGAGAAGGGGAAGAGGGGCAAGCUGCUCUCCCAGCCCAUCGCCCAGCACCAGCAGCUGGCCAGCUUCCUGCAGUCCCACGAACACCUCAGCUGGCUGCACCACAUCCACGUCCAUGACUUCAGCAGUGCUUACAAAACCCUGUAUGGCCAGGCCAACAUGGAGACACGUUACUUUGUGAAGAAGAAGACCCUGUUGGCUCUCAGUAAACUGACUGCCCUGGCAUCAGACAUGCCUGAGGCUGUGAUGAAGAAACAUGUAGACGAAAUGGUCGAGCAGGAGCGGUUCCUGCUGCACCAGGAGACUCUGCCCAAACAGCUGCUGGAGGAGAAACAACAGAACCCCGACACCAUGCCCCUGCUCAGCGCUCACAACCUUAUUAAUCUGUAUAUUUGUGAUGACAACCGACGAGCCAAUGAGUAUGACUUCAAGAAGGCUCUGGAUCUACUGGAGUACAUAGACGAGGAGGACGCUGUGGACAUUGAGGGACUCAAGUGUGAGAUCUUCUGCAAGGCCCUCAAGAAAGACGAUUGGUUGUCUGCUGAUGGGAACGAUGACCCUCUGGAGGCAGCCAAGGACAGCAUUUUUGUCAAGAUCCUCCUCAAGCUGAUACAAGAAGGUGUUCCUCUACAGACCUACCUUCCUGACGUCAAAGACCUUCUUCAGCUGGAUGAGAUGGAGGCUUUGAAAUCAAAGCCCACUUUUGAGUUUGUACUGCGGGCCAACUAUGAACAUUACCUGCAAGCACAGAUCUGAUGACCCCUGACCCCUUUCACAACUAUGUCUCCCAGGUUGCACUUGGUUUGUUCCUUUCUUUCCAUUUGUACUGUUUGUUUGACAAAAAGAUAACGUGUUGCAAUUUCGAAAAUAAAUGUCAUAUUUCUUUAAA